GGGGUCCAAUGGCAGCACUGGUCGUAAAAGGCUGUCAUUAGUCAUCGUUAUUUGUGUUUUGUUGUGCGUGUUUACAUAAAUUCGUAAACAUUUACCAGUUUUGCAGUUGGAAGCAAAUUCGUAAAGAGAAAUUCUGAGUAAUUCGUGUUACUUGUUUCUGAUAAUGCAUAUUGAUUUCACAAACGCUGAAAAUGUCACAAGAAGACUUGAAUUUAUCGACGUGUCUGAACAAGCUGGAGCUAGAGACUAACGUCAAGAAACCACAGAUCGAGGGCUGCAAUCCAUUCAUGAGACGCCGUAGAUCAAAAUCAUUGUCUAGCAUAAACUUUGGAUCUGCAUGUGAUUGUCAGAAAAAAUCGCAAAACGUCAGACACACCGUCUCAUUUAAACGUAACAAUAAGAAACUGUUGAGAGACCCAAUUCUAAAAUUCAUAAAAUGUACACAUAGUGAGUGUAAAGGUAGAUCUGUUAAAUUUAAGCACAGGGAAAGACUGUUUGGACAAUGCUCAAAAUUCGAACAGAAAAAUUUCAAGUCCAUAGUUGACGCCUGUGAACAAUUGACACUAGAUGCAACCACAACGGAUACACCUAGUUUCAAUUCACCUAGUUUCUUGAAUGCUCGUUCUCAAUCUGCUAGUAAUAUCUCAAAGUCUGAAUCUAAUAUAGGGAGUUGCUCUCACCAGGCACGUAUGAACGUGCCGCCACCUUGUGAUGUCACAAUUGAUGAAUUAGCUAGUUACUUUGAGACAUUCGUGCACAUACCCAAAAAGAUGAGCUCUAUGGCUGAAAUGAUGUACAUUUGAUUUAACUUCUCUGUGGUAGAAAAAUAAUGAAUUUCUUAUACUAUUUUAUUGUCUAGUUAUAGUAACUGCUCAUUAUUUUGACUUAAUUAAGGUAAAUUAUUUAGUACAGGAUACAAGUGACAUAUAUGGCAUUUGUUGUGCUUAUCGUGAUACAAUAAUAAAGAGUAGUGACAUGAA